AUGUGUUUCCAGCUUCGAUGUAAUGGAAACCCAAACGGUUGUGACAGAUGCAAAUCAGCUUCAAAUGUCUGCAAAUAUCCUACCAACAAAGGUGGUAUCCGGAAACGAAAACAAUCGAAUUGCUCAGCCAAGCAUUCAUCUGAGCCAGAUCCAUCAACACCAGAAGGCGCCAUUGUGCCGCAAUCACCAGCGUUUUCAGACCAUUUCAAAAUUGAUCCGUCUUUGGUGUACCACAACCCAUGCCAAGAAACUGGAGAGACGGUGGCAUUGCGCCAAUUACAGCAUCAAAAGCCUCUUCCUAGCCCCGAGCUAGAUCUUGCACAAUGCCAGAAUGACAUGAUUAUCGACGCACCAGAUAACCAUAACGAGAAACACGAGCAAGACCAGAUUGAUCAAUGGCUUGCGUCAUGCAGUUUGUUUUCACCGAAUGGAACAAUUGAAGUUUCUGGUCUCAAAUCUGGAGAUUUUGGUGGUUCAUGGCAAGAAUUCGGAAAAGACAUGAGAUAUUUUGAUCAUUUGGAAGACAGUGGAGAUGAUGGAACCAGCUCUCAAGAGACUCAGCUUGAAGAUUUGGAUAUGAAUGAUUCUAACGAUGCUGUGGAUCAUUGUUCAUCCACGCCCUGUUUAUCGUCAUCGAGUUUAGACAUGCUACUAGACGAAAACUUCUCGACUAAUACGAGCGCCCCUAGAUCCAAGCCACCAACAACGAAAAGAUCACCGCCUAUUCGAAGAGAAACUCCUUCGUUAAACAAAGCCCCCCCUGCGACAGCCGUCAGCCCACUAAGCGCACUCCUCGAAACUACAGAAACUACAUAUAAGAGAAAAAGCGAAUGUCGUUGCUUGCAACUUGCGGCCCAUCUUCUAGAACAACUAGGAAAUGAGGGGGCUAAUACAGAACAGCCCACGAUGGAUGGUCUCCUUAACUGUUGCCGGGAAGCCAUUAAAGGUUGCGACUCAAUACUUGGCUGCACAUUGUGCAAGUCACGCUCCGAGAGCAUGAUGCUACUCGCAAUGGCUGGACAAUACUUGAGCAAUAUCUGCGAAAAGACAGUUCGAUGCUAUGUUGAUGUGGUCCAGUCAGCACAACCAACAAGCUGUGCAGUGCCUGGAGAAGCGGCCAUGUGGUUUCAAUCUUACAAGAUCGAGAGCGAAUCAGAACGAAACCAGGUUCUCAAAUGCCUGGUAACAGGACAACUGACAGAGUUCUGUCAGUUAAUCAGCAGGAUUAAAGCUAGAGUUGGAACGAGAAAGGCACACUUGGCUCCACUUCUAGGAGCCGAGAGAAAGGUUCAGUGCAUGCGGGCCAUGUUGAUGCAAUGCGAAGGUUAUAGAGGUUUGAGAAGCAGUAGCGACAGUGGUAGUGAGAUGAAUUUGCUAGCAUAA